UCUCCUUGGAAACUCGCACGCGCCGAGUAUAUGUGCGCGCAUUUGCCCGGGAGCGAGCACGUGGUCAGCUCUCUAGCAUCUGCUGUGGCAGAAAGGUGUGACCUCAGAUUUUCCCCUCACACUCUUUUCACAGAGUUGUAGAUAAACUACUGCGUGGCUCUCGUCCACAACAAACCUCAAAGCGCAACAAACACCUCUUCACACUAUUAUCCAUGGGAUUACUCUCUUUUCUGUGACACCUGCUACCUUUUUGGGUUCGCAGACUUCGCACAGCCUUGACCCUGCCCCUGCCAACGGGGGUUUGUGUCCGACAGCUGAACAGCAUUAAAUAACUUCUACUUUGGACACAUCACGUCUCAAAGGUGUUGUGAGACGAGUAAUCCAAUAAUUGAGCCGCGUCCUUCCAGUUCUACAUAAUUGGAUGUAAGCUCUAUCACAACAAACAGACAACACCUGUCAAAGCCAAUGAACGGUUGUGACGUUGAAGCUCCAAAGUGAAUCAUGACAGACACAAUGUUUGGCUGUGAGAACGAGCAGUGGGUUUGUCCCAAUGACAGACAGCUAGCGCUUAGAGCAAAGUUACAUACAGGUUGGUCCAUCCACACAUUUCAGUCCGAGAGACAGAGGAAAGCUCAGACAAUUGAGAAAACCGAGCUGGAUCUCAUCAUGAGUGUCCUCCAACGCGCUGAGCAACUCGAGAUCAUUGAGCAACACCGGAUUGGGCGUCUAGUGGAGCGUCUGGAGAACAUGAGGAGGUCUGCAAUGGGAAACGGCCUUUCACAAUGUCUGCUGUGUGGAGAAGUGUUUGGUCUGCUGGGCUCUACGUCUGUCCUCUGUCUGGACUGCUGCAUGAAGGUGUGCACUAAAUGCGGAAUCGAGACUGCAGGCAGUCAAAAAAGGGCUCAAUGGCUUUGCAAGAUCUGCAGUGAACAGAGAGAGGUGUGGAAACGUUCUGGAGCCUGGUUCUACAAAGCCCUGCCGAAGCAUAUUCGUCCCAUUAAGGAUUCAAUUCUAGAUAACAGGAAGUCAGUAAUAGAAAGAGAAGAGCAGCUGCCAGUGGCCAGGAGUGCACCAGUGAGCUACACAUGGGCUCAAAGCAAAGUUUACGUAAGUGAAAGCGAUGGCAGUGAUGACGAGCUCAGUGAAUGCAGCAGUGACAGGAAGACCUUCACGUCUGAGACCGAUCAAAGAAGAGAUUCCGAAGAAAGUUUUUCAUUGAGAAAGACUUUGCACUCAGAAUCGAGUGGAGGCCAAGUGCAAACACCCCUGCAGCCCAGCAUUACCGGUCCAACUCCAACCACGGAAAGCUCUUCCAGCUUGGUUAGUGAACGAAGCGGCAGCAGUUUCAAACCGGGUCUGGAGGAAGACGUUAUGGACCAUAGUCCACCCUUACCAACUCCUCCGGCCCUCAGCCGCGCCAGCUCCCUGCGGAGCAGCUCCACCAGCCAGAAGUCAGAGGGCCCGGCCGCGGACCCCAGCAGGGAUGAAGAAGAUCUGGACCAAGCCUUCGGCGCCACCGCACUCGUGGCCAGCAAGAAGGAAGAAGAGCCGGAUGUGGAAGGCUACGAUUCAGACGACUCCACUACGCUCGGCACUCUGGACUUCAGCCUUCUGUAUGAUCAGGAGAACAACGCUCUGCACUGCACUAUCAACAAAGCCAAGGGACUCAAACCAAUGGAUCACAAUGGGCUGUCAGAUCCCUAUGUUAAGCUGCACCUGCUGCCUGGAGCAAGUAAGGCCAAUAAGCUCCGCACCAAGACCCUACGCAACACUCUCAACCCUGUCUGGAGUGAGACCCUGACGUAUUAUGGAAUAACAGAUGAAGAUAUGGUUCGCAAAACACUCAGGAUUUCAGUGUGUGACGAGGACAAAUUCCGCCACAACGAAUUCAUCGGCGAAACCCGAAUCCCCCUGAAGAAACUCAAACCCAAUCAGACCAAGAGCUUCAGCAACUGUUUGGAGAAACAGCUUCCUAUUGACAAGACAGAUGACAAGUCUCUGGAGGAGCGAGGGCGCAUCAUGAUCUCUCUGAAGUACAGCUCUCAGAAGUCUGGCUUAGUGGUUGGCAUCAUACGCUGUGCACAUCUCGCUGCCAUGGAUGCCAAUGGCUUCUCUGACCCCUAUGUUAAAACGUAUCUCAAGCCAGAUGAGAACAAAAAAUCAAAGCACAAGACAGCUGUCAAAAAGAAGACCCUCAACCCCGAAUUCAAUGAAGAGUUUUUCUAUGAGAUCAAGUAUGCUGACCUCAGCAAAAAGACCCUGGAGGUGACCGUUUGGGACUAUGACAUUGGCAAAUCCAACGAUUUCAUUGGUGGAGUCUCUUUAGGUAUAAAUGCCAAUGGCGAGAGGCUAAAACACUGGUUUGACUGUCUGAAAAACAAGGACAAGAAAAUCGAGCGCUGGCACACGUUAACCAAUGAACUCCCUGGUUCAGGGUACAAUGACUGAAAUCUCCCUUUCAAGUGGUUGCAGCGAAGCCCCGCCCCCUUUUCCUACAUGAUGUCGAUGUAAAGCCCAGCAGCCUGUGAUGGAUAGAUCAACACUCCAGCAGUCCACUGAUUUAGAGAUGGGUGCCAGUAUCUGUUCCCAACUAACACACCUGCUCUAUCUCUUGUACUUUUCCUGGUGUUGAGCUUGCAGUCUGAUUGUGUGGCUUGAUGUGGCUUUUGGGCUUAUAUAAGGGUCUUUAAUCAACCUGUGUUUGUACAACCUCAUUGAAAAUGGAGAGAUGUUGUUCCCACAGCCAACAAGAGAUCAGUUCCUGUCUUCAAAUAUUUAACCACACUCUACUCUUCUCUUUCUCCAUUUUCUUGGCUAUCUCCGAGGUUUUAUGUGUAUUCGAGAAUGCUGUUUACAGACGUUAACUCUCAGUAAAUGUAUCAUUACGUGUAUGCAUCAUGGCAGCAAAUGGGCUCUGAAAAUACAAUUUCUAAAACAAGACAGAAUAUUGUUUACAUCUAGAAUACAGUCUAAAACCUUUCUGAUGCCUGUCUUAAGGCCAGGGCAUAAACUACACAAUUGUAUUUUACAGACAGAUGAUUGAGAGGAUUAUAUUUUGUCAGUGGAGGUUAAAAAAAUUCAUGCAAUUUAAACUCCCAACAAAUUUGUAAGAGUUUUUACUUCCCCCGUCAAUUACAAUAGGCUAGAAUAUUUCUUUUUUUUUUUAAUAAAAGUGAAUAACCUCCUAGUUAGUCUACUUAAUGAAUGUAAUUUACCUUUAUUUAGUUUCUAUGCCCUCACUGCAAAUUAACAGUGUGCCAUUGACAUUAAGAAAGCACACAGCAGAGUUUCAAUAGCCAUUUUUCUAGAGAGAAAACAGAGACCAAACCCUGUUUACACACAAAGGCGCAAUACUAGAAAUGAAGACCAUGGAUUAUACAACUUUCAUUUGGAGGUAUAUCCAACUCUUGCUUGGCCAUUAAUUAUUGAUUUUCGAAUGAAACACUGUGCCCAAGCCCAAUCCAUACAUUGCAUUAACAUCUAAUUCUGUAAAGUCUGUAAAUCAAAAAAAUAGACUUGACAAACUUUUACAAGUUACUAUUGUUUGAGAUAUAUUAAUAGCAUGUUUAUCUUAUUCUUCCUUUGAGCAUUUAUACUUAAUAUAUUUUUUUAAAUACUGUGUUAAAGUCAUUUAACAUGUUUAUUUUAAAUAUGUGCAUUGCAUCAAGUUGUGUUAUUUUGUGGCAUUAAAUUAUAGCCAGUGUAUUAUUUUAACCUUUCUGUGUUAUUGCAUAUUUAGCAUGCCAUUGCUGGGUAUCAUAGAUAUUAUUAUAUUACUGUACGUUUGACAAUUUUUAUUUAUUUUUAAUUUUUUUUUCAAAUUACCAGUAGAUUUUAUUCGUUGUUUAAGGGAAACUCUAGAUUGGAGAUAAGACUUAAGACCAUUUAUUAAACACCGUGAAACUCCAAGAAAGAGACCACAUGUAUACAGCCCUACGAUGUAUGUUCACCAACUGAGAACCCUUAUCGCUCUCUGACGACGUUCAUUGUGCAAGACAUUUUUGUAAUCUUUUUGCUUUUGUACACAAACUCUAUGGCAUAAAAAUGCAUGCAAUGUUCUUGGGCUGUCAUUAAAUUAACUUUGCUUAAUGUUUGAUACUGCUGUUCUUUUCUGUAAAAAGAGAGUUCCUGCUCUUGGAUGCUACAAGAAUGUCAGCCUUCCUUUUCAGACCGUUUUUUGUACUUUUGAACGCUAUCGCAUUGCCCGUCAGGUUGCUCUAUUGACUGGACAUGUGACUGCAUGUUACAAAAAAAUAAAUCUUGUCUUGUUUUGAUCA